AUGCAGUACUUCGAAAGUCCUGUAUUCAGCUUCUCUGCUGAUACUUUUUCUUGGACAGAACGAUCUCUCACAAUUGGCCUGCUGGGCAUAGCCGUCUUUACGGUUCUUCGUUUCACCUACAGCCCGAACAGAAUCCCCCUUAUUAAUACUCGGAAGCUGCUGGAAAUCGGCUACAGCAAUGCAAUUCAGCGGUUUCUUGUUGACGGCCCAAACUUGGUCAAGAAUGGCCUCAGAAAGUUCCAAGUCUUCCGUAUCCUUACCAAUGAUGGAUAUCAAGUGGUGCUCGCGCCAGAGUUUGCGAAGGAGGUUCGCAACAGCUCCGCCUUUAGCCUGAGCAGCUCUAUCGCCCGCCGCUUCCACGCUGAUAUCAAGGGAUUUGAGCCAUUUGACGUCAUGACGGGCUAUGAUAGAUUUUUUGCUGAGCUGAUCCGCGCGAAACUGACCCCAGACCUUGAAAGCAUGUUUCGGCCUAUAUCCGACGAAACUGCAAUGGUGCUGGAUCAAGAGUGGACGAACAAUUCAGAAUGGCAUAGCUUCAAGUGUCUCAAACCUUCGAUCCUGGCCAUCACUGCUCAGCUAUCUUCAAGGGUAUUCCUUGGCGAGCCUCUAUGUCGCGAUCCCAAUUGGGUACGGAUUACGAUGGUAUACACGGUGGAUUCACACAAAGCAUCACAGGCCUUGCGAAGGUGGCCUGCAGCCCUGCGGCCGAUAAUUGCACGGCUCCUACCUUCCUCUCGCAAGAUACGGGCCCAGAUCGAGACCGCACGCCAGAUUAUCGAGUCAACCUUAGCAGAGCGACGGCGAUGCAAGCAGGCGGCCAAAGAGAAUGGGCUGAGUGCCCCUCAGUACAACGAUGCCCUGGAGUGGGUAGAAGAACUCGGUCAGGAGAAAUGCCCCCAUCACCCUGUCAUGGCGCAACUGGCGCUUGCCAUCGCUGGGAUUCACAAUACAGCCGAAACGCUCACACAGCUUCUAUAUGAUAUCUACCAACGGAAGGACUUGGCCGAUGCACUCAGAGAAGAGGCCGCAACGGUGAUUGCAAGAGCAGGCUUGACAGUAUCUGGACUCAAUCAACUGGAACUGAUGGACAGUACGAUGAAAGAGAGUAUGCGACUCAAACCGCCCAUGAUCGCUGCCAUGCAACGGAUCACUCACUCAAAUGUCACCCUCUCCGACGGCACCAGGAUUGACAAAGACAGCUCCGUGAUUGUGUCAGCCACACGCAUGUGGGACCCAAAGGUUUACGCCAAUCCAGAGACCUUUGAUGCGUAUAGAUCUCUGAGGGCGAAACAAGCUUCAGGUAAUCACCGGAACUCACAGGCAGUGACACCGACUCCGGAGCAUCUGGUGUGGGGGCUUGGCAAGUAUGCUUGCCCUGGUCGGUUCUUCGCUGUGGCAGAGAUCAAGAUCAUCUUGCUGCACAUCCUCCUGGAUUAUGAUCUGAAGGUGGCGGAUGGUGCUUGCACAUCUCCUGUCAGUUCCGGGUUUUCCUUCCGGUCGAAUCCAAAUGUGGAGAUGUUUGUCCGGCGGCGACGCGAGGGGCCCAGUUCGCUUGCUACUUGA